AUGGCAAACACUUUCAAUAUUGUGUGGUCCGGUCCCAAAUUAGAUGGGAAACUCGAUUAUAGUUAUUGGGAGACUUUGAUGUCUACCCAUUUGAAGGCCCAGAACUUGUGGAAUUUCAUUGAACCGGGUUUGCAAGAAGGAGCAGAUGCUGCCCAACAAAGGAGAGAUCAAUUGGCGCUGUCUCAAAUUCAUCAAGGAGUAGAUUAUACGGUAUUUGGCAAAAUAGCAAAUGUCAAAAGUGCAAAGGAAGCAUGGAACACGUUGAAGCUGUCAUACAAAGGCGUAGAUAAAGCUCAAAAAGCAAAGCUACAGUCUUUGAGAAGAGAAUAUGAAAUGUACGAGAUGUCGAGCUCAGAAACUGUUGAGCAAUAUUUUACUCGUGUUACAGAUCUUGUCAAUAAGAUGAGAGUCUAUGGAGAAGAUAUGCCCGAUAGCAAAGUGGUGGAGAAAAUUCUUCGCACCAUGCCGAUGAAGUAUGACCAUGUGGUGACUACGAUACUAGAGUCACACGAUAUGGACACCAUGACGAUUGCAGAGUUGCAAGGAACCAUGGAAAGCCACAUCAGUAGAAUACUAGAGAAGUCUGAAAAAUCAACCGAGGAAGCCCUGAAAAGCCGAGUGAAUUUCAACAACGUUGCAGAAUCAAACCGUACACAAGAAGGACGAGGUCGUGGUUUUAAUUUUCAAAGUAGAGGUAGAAGAAGUUUCAGAGGUAGAGGUCGUGGCAAUUACAACCAAGGAAGUUACAAUAAUUUUACACCACCUAAUCAAGGAAGAGGUGGAACGAAUUUCAGGCCUGUCAACCGAGGAAGAGGUCGAGGAAAUUUUCAUCAAGAAAGAACCAAUUUCAACUGCUUUCAUUGUGGAAAGUAUGGACACAAAGCAGCAGAUUGUAGAUUCAAAAUGGUGAAUAACAAUCAAGCACACGUUGCAGAAAAUCAGCAUCAAAAUACUGAUGAUAAUCCGGGAAUUUUCUGGCUGAAAUUGAGGGACCUGAGCAAAAAUCUGAUUCAGAGACUGAAAAGGACUGCAGAUGCUGUUGGAUUCUGACCUCCCUGCACUCGAAGUGGAUUUUCUGGAGCUACAGAAGCCCAAUUGGCGCGCUCUCAACGGCGUUGGAAAGUAGACAUCCUGGGCUUUCCAGCAAUACAUGAUAGUCCAUACUUUGCCCAAGAUUUGAUGGCCCAAACCGGCGUUCAAAGUCACCUCAAGAAAUCCCAGCGUUAAACGCUGGAACUGGCACCCAAAUGGGAGUUAAACGCCCAAACUGGCAUAAAAGCUGGCGUUUAACUCCAAGAAGAGUCUCUACACGAAAUUUCUUCAUUGCUCAGCCCAAGCACACACCAAGUGGGCCCAGAAGUGGAUUUUUAUGUCAUUUACUCAUUUCUGUAAACCUUAGGCUACUAGUUAUCUAUAAGUAGGACCUUUUACUAUUGUAUUAGAGGACUUUUGGUAGCUAUCUUCGUUUUAUGCUAUCUUAGAUCAUUGGGAGGCUGGCCAUUCGGCCAUGCCUAGACCUUAUGCUUAUGUAUU